AUGAAGGCGAUAACAGAGCGAGCAUGUUCCACAUUGGUCAUCUGCUCUGCUGAGCAUCUUAAAGAUCUUAGCAAGAUCAUCCGAGAGUUGGACUUGACUGCCUUUGCGUACUGCUACUUUAACCCAGAAGCGCUUGAUGUCAUCGGACUCGGUGAAAUCACUGAAUUAUCCAGCAUUUCAGACACUGGUACAGAGAAAAGGGACAGAAAAUGA